GCAUUUGAAGGCAGCACGAGACGAACGAGGAAUAAAUAGGAAGAUAUCCACGUAGCUUAUAUAUCCAUACGCCGUUACAAAUGUGCCCGUUUGUUUAAAAAAAGCCUACUUUAAUUUAGGAGAUAUAGGCGUUCAUAGUGGCGGGGUAACGCGAAUAAAACCCCACACCGGCCGGUCCUUUUUGCUGAAAGGGAAGAGGACGAAAAAUGGAGCUGGAAGACGGAGUUGUGUACCAGGACGACCCGGGGACAUCUGCGAUGAUGUCGGAGCGGGUCUCGGGCCUGGCCAGCUCCAUCUACCGCGAGUUUGAGAGGCUCAUCGGCAAGUAUGACGAGGACGUGGUGAAGGAACUGAUGCCGCUGGUGGUGGCCGUGCUGGAGAACCUGGACUCGGUGUUCGCGGAGAACCAGGAGCACGAAGUGGAGCUGGAGCUGCUAAAGGAGGACAACGAGCAGCUCAUUACCCAGUAUGAGCGGGAGAAAGCGCUGAGGAAACAUGCGGAGGAGAAGUUCAUUGAGUUUGAAGACACCCAUGAGCAGGAGAAGAAGGACCUGCAGAACCUUGUGGACCGGAUGGAGUCUCACUCACGGCAACUGGAACUCAAAAUCAAGAACUAUUCAGACCAGAUCAGCAGGUUGGAGGAGAAUGAGCUGGUACUGAAGAAGGAAUGCAACACUCUGCACCAGCGGCGUUCUGAGAUGAUCCAUAAUUACAUGGAACAUAUGGAGAGGAUCAAAAUGCAGCAGAUAAGCGAGACGUCAGAGUCUACGACUGGUGGCCGGGUCAGGAAAGAGCGGCCUCUUUCUUUGGGGAUUUUUCCCCCCUCUGGUGGAGCGUCUUUGAUAAUCCCAGAUUCCCACACCAGAGUGGAGACGCCAGGCACAGAAGGCUGGAGGUUUUCUGACUCCUCUCAGUUACUCUCCAACACUAGUCUGAAGGACGAACUGUCAGACAUCACCGGCUCCAAAUCAACCACAGCCUCAGACACGGAGAAAGAAGAAGGGAACAGUAAGAGUACAGAGGUGCAGGCUGCACCAGGGACCAGAACCAUAUCAGAGGGUUUGCCUGAAAAUGAGGAAAACUCAGAUGUGCAGGACAUUAUUGAGUCCACUCCUGAGCUGGACAUGGAUCUGAUUGGAUACAAACCCUGCAGCACUCCCACGAAAGGUAUCGAAAACCUGGCGUUUGACCGUAACACAGACUCCCUGUUUGAGGAGCUGUCCUCUGCGGGGACGGGGCUCAUAGGGGAUGUGGACGAAGGGGCCGACCUGCUGGUGGAAUACUCUGACCUUAGUUUGAUUGGAAUGGGUCGGGAAGUGGAGAAUCUAAUCCAGGAAAAUUCACAACUGCUUGAGACAAAGAAUGCUCUGAAUGUGGUUAAUAAAGAUUUGAUCCUGAAGGUGGAUGAGUUGACCUGUGAGAAAGAGGUGCUGCAGGGGGAGAUGGAGGCUUUGCUGCAGGCCAAAAACAAGAUAGAGGAGAAAAACAGAAAGCUGGAGGAGGAACUGAAAAAAGUCCGACAGGAAGUAGAGGAAGUGAAGCAGAAAAGCAAAGAUGAAGAAGAUAGUGAGGUACCAACAGCUCAGAGGAAGCGCUUCACCAGAGUGGAAAUGGCCAGAGUGCUGAUGGAGAGGAACCAGUAUAAGGAGCGGCUGAUGGAGCUCCAGGAAGCUGUGAGGUGGACGGAGAUGAUCAGGGCUUCAAGAGAAAAUCCAACUCUCACAGAAAAAAAGAGAUCAAGCAUCUGGCAGUUCUUCAGCAGACUGUUUAGCUCCUCCUCCAGUUCCUCGGUGAUGAAGACAGUGGAGGACCAGUCCAAGUUAAAGUACAACUCCCCAGGGAGCCUGGUGAAGCGGAGCAGCACUUUCUCCCAGUUCCCCACAGAGAAGUCCAAGAUAUUUGACUUCAUGAAUGAAGGAACGGAGCAGUGCAGCUCGCCCUCGCAUAAGGAGAAGAAGAAAGCCCAGUACCGACAGGUUAAGGCCCACAUGCAAAAAGAGGACGGACGGGUCACUGUGCACGGCUGGAGCCUGCCGAGCAAACACAAGGUUGUAAAUGGGGGGCAGAUGGAAAACAAAAUGAAUUUACCCGUACCUGUCUACCUGCGGCCUUUGGACCAGAAAGAUGCUUCUAUGAAGCUGUGGUGCGCUGCAGGGGUCAACUUGUCUGGGGGUCGGAGGGUUCCCUCAUCAGAAAUGACAAAGCAGAUAAAGGGCUCCCAGAGUAGCCUGGACCAGCUAGAGCAGGAGAACAAGGAAAAAGGGGAGAAGGAGCUGAUUGUCCAGGAUGAGAUAUCCAGUCGUGUAUGGGUGUGCAUGAGCACCAGUUCCUCCACUAAAGUUAUGGUACUGGAUGCCACACAGCCCACCGAGGUGCUUGACACCUUCUACGCCUGCAACACACAUGUAGUCUGCAUUGCUAGUGUACCUGGUGUGUUAGAUUCAGAUUAUCCUGCCGGGGAGGAGGUACCCCAGGAGCCGGAGGCCACCCAAGGGGACGGGGUUUCGCUGGCCGGCAGUGUGGCAAGUGUGGGCUCAACAGGCAGCGAUGGAGCCGCGGCAGCUGAAGGCGUCACCGCCGUUCUUCAAACCGCAAGCUUAGGUGUCUCUGAGCAGCCAGCGGAGUACAGCGCCACUUCAGGCUCAGUUCAACUGUCCAGAGAGACAAGCCCAACAGAGGACGGGGUUCCUACAGCCGAAGAGGCAACAGAAGCGACAGAGGCCAACGCCGGUGUGGGUGAAGGAGAGGAAGAUCAGGGAGCAUAUCCAAACCAGCCAGGAAUUUACACAGAGCAUGUGUUUACAGACCCUCUGGGGGUAGGGCCCACUGACUCCUGUCCUGCAGAGGCACAGAGGGGCCUUGUGCAGGAUGGUGAGCCUUCCCUGCCAGAAGUCAUUGAUACGUCCGAUAGUGAAGUCCUGAGGAUGAGCAGCGCUCUACCAACCAUGUGGCUGGGAGCUCAGAACGGAUGCCUGUAUGUGCACUCGUCUGUAGCACGAUGGAGAAAGUGUCUCCAUGCGAUUAAGCUCAAAGACUCCAUCCUCAGCGUUGUACACGUUAAAGGGAGGGUGUUGGUAGCUUUGGCUGAUGGGACCUUAGCAAUUUUUCACAGAGGCGCCGAAGGUCAGUGGGAUCUGACCAACUACCACCUGUUGGAUCUGGGGCGGCCACACCACUCCAUCCGCUGCAUGACGGUGGUCCAUGACAAGGUGUGGUGUGGCUACAGAAAUAAGAUCUACGUUAUUCAGCCCAAAGCCAUGAGGAUAGAGAAGUCAUUUGAUGCUCAUCCUCGCAAAGAGAGUCAGGUGCGCCAGCUGGCCUGGGUCGGAGACGGUAUCUGGGUGUCCAUCCGACUGGAUUCAACGCUGCGCUUGUUUCAUGCCCACACCUACCAGCACCUGCAAGACGUGGACAUUGAGCCUUACGUCAGCAAAAUGCUGGGUACUGGUAAACUUGGCUUCUCUUUCGUAAGAAUCACAGCUCUGGUGGUUUCCUGCAACCGACUAUGGGUGGGGACAGGAAAUGGAGUCAUCAUCUCCAUCCCAUUAUCUGAAGGUCCCACAAGCCUACAUUACAUAAUUACCCGAAAGGUGUAUAAUGUUGAUUUAGAGUAAAAAUACACACCUCCAGAUGGCAACAGCAUCAACAAAAAUAUGCUGAAUCUCACAAAAGGCCUUCAAUUUUAAUUUAUUGCAUUUGUAGCAUGAAGUUAGCAUUUUUAGUAUUUUGCUCUUCAACAUACGCUCUGUUUGGAUAUGACUUGUUGAUAAUUUGACUUGUAACAUAUUUCAUUGAAGUUCCAGUUCAGGGUGUGUAGGGAAACCUUCUUCUGCAUCUAAUGUUUUACAGCUGCUAGGGAUAUCUAAGCAGAACAUGCAGAGCACAUCACAGCCUAGGCACUGCAGCAGCCAGCAGGGUCCCUCUGUUAUUGUAAAGAAAACGCAUGUUCCUCAAUGCAACAACAAAAACAAUCUACACCCACAGUUUUGCAAACCAUUCACAUAAAAAUAAGCAAUAAUUUUUAAAAUCUGCUGUUGAGAUGCGAAUGACAGGUAUCAACAGUGGAGUUACGUUUGACCGGGAUACCUAUAUGUUUUCACCUUCCUGCCCUGCUUUUCUAGCCACUCUGUUUAUUCUAUUUGACUGUCUGUAAUACAGGUCCUUCUCAAAAUAUUAGCAUAUUGUGAUAAAGUUCAUUAUU